CAGUCGGCUCCGCAGUGUCAGUGAGCCGGGCAGCGCGCGGUCCGCUACCAAAAAGAGACGAGUGAACGGAAGGAACCAUGAACAGGGACGACGAAGAAGACAAGACAAACAAGAAGAAGAGCCAGAGCCGUAGCCGCACCAGGGAGUCCUCUGGCUCCUCGGACCCCGACUUCGAGACGUCGGCGGCGGUGGGCGGCCGGCGCGGCGGCUACGCGACCCGCCGGACGCGCCAGGUCGAGUCGGAUCCGCCUCCGCACGACCUCAGCCGGAUCCUGCCGCGGGAUCCGCCCGACUGCCUCCGGCGCGGCACCAAGCGGAAGUCGCAGAGCUCACCGCGGCUUCUGUGCUUCGACCCUGCCCCAGAGGACACUGGAGGAGGCCCGGUCCCGGUGGCCGCAGGAGGGGCGUCCACGUCCGCAGGAGGAGCGUCCACCUCUGCAGGAGGAGCGUCCAACUCUGCAGGAGGAGCGUCCACCUCUGCAGGAGGAGCGUCGACAUCAAGCGGAGGCCCGUCCACCGCCGCAGGGGGCCCGUCGACUUCCGCUGCAUCUGGAGGUCGAGACAGCGCGACUCCGAACGUGGCCGCCGGUGGGAGCCGCGAGGGACUGGACCUGCCGGUGCUGGGUUCUCGUGUCAGCACGCCCACAGCCGGUCCGUCCCUAGGCCAGCUGUACAAGAUCCGGCUGGCGGUGGCGGCGGCCAGUCGCAGCGCGGGUGCCUCCCGACCCGCCGGCGGCUCCGUGGACGUCUCAUCAGUGUCUUCGGUGGUCAGUACCCCGGAGGGUAGCGCGUCCGCUCCUUGGGCGGACACCGAGACGGACUCUCAGCCGCCGCGGCUCGGCAGUCCGGAGGCCAGCACUCCGGCCGCCUCCUCGGCUAGCGCCUCGCCCACCUUCGGGCCACCUCUGCUGUGUCCAGUCGUCGAGCGGCUGCCUGAGGCUCUGGCAGCAGCCGCGAGGCCAGAGGCCAGCAGACCGCAGCCGCCGAGGCCGGCGUCGCAAAGGCGGAAGCGGCCGCCCGCGCGUCGUUCCCGGUCAACUUCUACAACGAGGAGACCUCCCAGCAGCCCGCUGACCGCCGGCCCGCGCUCGGCCUUCGCCAGCGUCUCUGCUGAACCUGCGGAGGCCUCCCGAGCUUCCAGCGUCUCCGGAGUUUCCAACGUCUUCGGAGCUUCCAGUGUUUCCGAAGCUUCCACCCAGGCUGUUGCGGAGACCCAUGCCACUGGACUGGGCCUGCUGUGUCAGGCGGCGGAGGCGGCCGAGGCGAUGGCAGCAGCUGCACAAACGUUCACGGCUGCUGCGGAGGUGUCGGCGUCUGCUGCGAAUGCGGCACGUUCGGAGCCACAGAGUCGAGCAGGAGGGCGGAUGGCGUCAGCGACGUCAUCGCUCGGAACGGCAGCCGUAACAUCUUCUUCCGGAAUUGCUACCGCAAUUGCAACGCCUCCAUCCGGUCCCGUUACCGCGCCUUCUGCCGGUCUUGCGGAGGAGACAUCUGCCGGGCCCACGACGGAGACAUCUGCCGGCCUUGCGAGGACUUCCUCCGCUGGUCUCGCGUCGACUUCUUCUGCGAGUCGGGCGACGACGUCCUCCGGCGUCCCAGGGACACCAGAACGGAUCGCUGCAGGAGGCGACGGGCGGUCUCCUGGCCCGUCACCGCGCCAGGGAACUCCGCUCAAACUCUACCGUGUGGGCGCGAAGACGGCGGACGGUUCAUGUUGCUGGACCACCGUCUCCCCACACAAGGACAGCGCCAGGGCCAGCGGGACCGCCGCUUCAGCCGGACCAUCUGGCGUAAGAUUCAACUUAGAAAAGAGCGAGAGCGGAGCUGCAAGACGUUCAGCGUCUGCGGAAGGCCCUUCUUCCACCGGUCGACCGCGGGGGCCAGAGAGAACUCCCGAGAAACCAGCAGAACGCCGUCGGCCGUCGAGAAGCCCCCGUCAGAAUUCUAGAAGUCCUCGUCGGAAGCCUAAAAGUCCCCGUCAGAGUCCUCGAAGUUACCGUCAGGAUUCGAGAAGCCCCCGUCGGGACUCGAGAAUGACUGGACGCGAAAGUGCGAGACGGUCUCCUCGGAAGUCGAGGAGCUCGAAGAGCCCUCACCAGUCUCGGGAUGAUGUAAGUGAAGAAACCAUGGCUCAAGCGGAGGACUCAGUUCAGGGAGCGGCGGCACUUCAGCAGGAGGCGGGAAGUUCCCAUGCUGUGCUCAGAAACCUGAUGGAGCAGCCGAGGAGCUACGGCCACAGGAGCGUGGAACUGCCACGGCCGGCAGAGCCUCUGCCACAGGAGACUCUUCAGAAUGUUCCAGCAUAUCAGCAGGCAGCUGGCCGUCCUCAUGAGACUGCUGAUGAUCUUCCGGGCGUUGCAGAACGUCUUGACGCCGAGAUUCAUCAGCAACCAAGGGCAGAGUGUCAUGGCCAGGGCCUCUCCGGACCACACGGAGCUGAACUACCUCAUAGCACGGAACUAGUGCAUCAUGGCACCGGGCAACUUCAUCAUGACUCGGAGCGACUUCAUUAUGACUCGGGGCGACUUCAUUAUGGCACAGAACGGCCUCAUCAUGUCCCUGAGCAGCUUCACCAGGACACCCAACAACUUCAUCACGACAUGGAAGCAGCUCAUCCUGGCGCAGAUGAACGUCGACACGGACUUUCGCAUUCUCACCAUGACACCGAAAGAUCUUAUCGCGCAACGGAGAUACCUCAUGACGCUGCAGCAACUCAUUACCAGACGGGAUCGCUUCCUCUCGACACCAGGGAAGUUCACCACGACUCAGAGACACUCCGUCCGGGAAUCGCGAGACCUGGACGUGGUGAGGAGGCUUUGCGCCUGGAGGUACAGGAACUUCACGUCGGAACCGAAUACCAUUAUCAGAACUUCGAAAAACAGCAGAAUGUAGAGUGCGGUCAUGAUCAAGAGUGGCAACAGACAGCAGCUGAAGCAGUUCAUCAGGGAGACGCGGAUCCUCGUGAACUGGAUAGCUUGCUACAGGAGACAAUAAACUUUCAUGAAGGACAGGAAUCCAUUGGGAUGGCAGGACAUCAUCAAUCGAUCGCGGGCUCAUCUCAUUCAGACGUGAAACCAAUUGAUAUCGGAUAUGAGAACGAUCGCUUGGAAGCUGCCAGUUUCGCUAGGAGUCGCGAUAUUCCCCAACAUCACGCUCAGCAUGCUGCGGCCCAGGUGCCUCAACGGCAACACGUGCCUGGUAGUGCGCAUCAAGACGAAGAAGGUCCCUACCCCUCGCCCUGGGGUAGCUAUCAAACUCCUGAGUAUCAUGCCCAAGGUCCUGAUGCUCUUCAAGACCGUUGUGAGCACCCAAACCAAGAGCAAGAGACCCACCAGCAAGUAAAGAGCCCUCACAGAGACACUGAGGGGGCCCACCGGAACACAGAUGAUCUCAGCAUGAAGUCUGUGUCUCCGCCGCCCGCCGUCGAGGCCCCCCUGGUUCACGAAGACGGCGCCAUGCAGGGCGCGGAGGACCUGAGUAAGAAGUCUGCAGGUGAAGAGGAAGACGUUCUCGAGGAGGCCCGAACAGGACUUCACUAUCGGAAGAAGCGUGCCUCAAACCUCAGCGCCGAUUCAUCGAUGAACGCAUCGACCGAGCAUCCAAUGCAGGAGGUUCGUCCAGCUAUGGUGAGAACGACCGGGACGAAGACCAUCCAUGUGGUCCGCGUGUCUACAGAGGAACAAGAUCCUUCCCCGCCACCCCUUGGUCCUCGUCAGAUUCCUCAGUUAAUCUCAUCUCACACUCAUUCUUCCGUCUCUCCAAUGCAGACCAAGCAGCCAGCUGCACUCCAUCCCCAGACCCAAUCUGCGUCCUCUGUUGGUGAACUCUCCCAGUCCUGUGUCAGGCAGCCAGUCAUACAGCAUUCGCAUAAAAAUACCAACUCACCGGCUUUUGAGCCAGGUCAGCGAUGGGGCAAUGAGGCAAUCUAUCCUGAAGUGGAGCUUCGUGGUUCUUUAGAGGAGCCCAAAUCAUCCGAACAAUGUACCACUUCUUGCACGAGAGGUCUUACUUCGCCCCUGUCUUCCGAUUCACAUCUUCAUGCUCCGGAAGACCCUGCUCAAGGCAGCAGUCCCUGUAGUGAUCCUGUAGCAAUCCCUGAAACCAUUACCGUGGAGCCUGCCCAGACCUACGAGCGAUUGGCAUCUUUUCGCGCGGAGCAGCUGACAGUUUCUCGAGUAUCCGCGGAGGCAUGUGUCGAGGAUGAUAAGCCACCUGUAAAGGAGAUAACCUUAUCUGCCGAGCAAAAAGUGACUCAAGCUGAAGACACAAAAACCAUCCUCCUAAAGGGUAGCUCUACCACCCAAGAGCACAAGGUCGACACGCCAUUGGGUAACAGAGAGAAUGCUCCGCCAUUGAUCAAGGAAACGUCUUUACCCUGCGAGAAUGCCAACUCACCCGUCCGUGCCAGAGAGCCUGUUUGGCAGGUGGUCAAGGAGGCUGAAAAGCAUAGUAUCCAGAAAAAUGUCAAACAUGAGGCGUCCCGUGACAAGGAAGCUGCCACCAUGUCUGGAAACCAAGUUUCCUCAGCGGGCACUGAAGUAUCACGUGGAGCCGUUGCCAAGAGAAAGGUACAGUCACUUGCGCAGAGAAUGAUAGAAAGCACCGAAGAGACUCAGAGGGUCCGCUCUCAAGUUGUGCACCCCUAUAACAACGAACGAGCUGAGGCUCGACCAAGGCCACCGGCUGACCAGCAGGUCGCUGCUCCGCAGCAGCCCAACACUUCUUUCCCGGCAGUGCUGCUGCCUCCAGACCCAAUGGUGAUGGCGUCACAAAGUCCUUCGGUGCACGCAGCCCAGCUGUCGGAUCUGUAUCUCCAAUGGUAUAUGGCACAGCAAGCGAUGUACUUGUCUGAACGUUCAGAAUUACAGGCGUCCCAGUAUCUUCAGCGAAACGGUCAGCCAAGUGUGCAAGCGCCUCCGGCCCUUCGCCCGCCGUUUCCUCAGCAUCCAGUUUUGCCCAGCUUCCCACCACCAGCGACUCAGCAGCCCAUGCUACCCACGGCCAGGGAAGCGAGUUCACAAACACCUUGGUACCAGAACUUGACCUUGUUCCAGAAUCCCAGUCCGCAGUUAUUCCAGCAUUCAGCCUCGCCAGUACCGCAGAAUCUAGGUCCUCCAGCUUAUCAGCCUCUUGGACAGCCCGCAGCUCAGUAUCUGAACAUGUCUCUUCCGCAGUAUCAAGGGUGGCCACCACAGCUUGCCCAACCAGCAGUCUUUUACCCCAACAUGGCGCCCAACGUGGGUAUGCUGUUGCCUCAAAAUCAGGGCGUACCUUAUCCAGGCGCGAUUCUGCCGGUGUCGCAGCACCUUGCGGUGCCCAUGCAUGUGCCGAUGGCGAGGCACCCUGCAGUCCCGGACGCACCCUCUACGCGCUCGUGGUUCUCCUACCCUGCUCUUGACCUGCCCCAGCCGGCCGUUCAAAAGUGCGCGCAGGGCCAAUCACAGCAGGUUGGGACUGGCGCAAGGAGAAAAGACCAGUCAGCUCUGAACUCCUCACAACAGCUAUGUUCGGGUUCCACGAAAAGAUCUCAGCGGUCACAAGUUAGCCCAGCACCGUCGCUCGCGUCUGCUUCCAGCGUCACAUCCUCCAGCACAUCGCAGGGCUCACCACUCACGAUCUUUCAGGAACUUCCAAAGGGCUGCAGGAGCAAGAAGUCUUGCGCUCCUAAGGAGGCUAAGCGGAGACGACUGCCAAAGAAAGACAAAGAAGAAACGACAUAUGGUAAGCCUCUGCCAGCCCUGCGGUCUGUUGACGGAAACUCAAGGUCUCCUCUUUCAGGAAGCUCGGAAAAGGCACUUCAUACCUUAGAGGCGACCGGAACGAGGAUGACCGAUCAGUUCUCAAACGAUGCGGGACCUCCAGAGACUCGUGCUUCUGCCACCAGUCAGAGCAUCCUGCGGCCACGACUUUCUUAUCAGCCUUUCCGUCCUGUUAACGCAUCCGUUCAGGCGCCUUCCUUAGACCUACCCGUGUUACGGACGUCCGCACCUCGCCAGCACUCUCCAAAGGCAUCAGUCCAUCGAACCUCUCGCGCUCGAAAGUCUGUGUCGGCAGACGGCUCCAUCGCAUCAUCACACUCGCAAACCGUCGAAAUGCUGGGCAUGGCAAGGGCUGGAGGAGACCCUAGCUUGGGAGAAUUGACGGAAAUGUCGCGAUUUAUCCAACAAGAACAACAUGGUGAACCUCUCGCCGGACAACUACCGCAGAACAUUUUCCAAAACCCGACCGGACCAUUUGUGGGGACCCCGUCAGCUCCUCCGGUCAGCCAAACUCCGCAGUUUUGGAUUCCUCCGCCUGCCCAGUGGCCAGCUCUGAACCCGGCCGAGCAAUCUACCCAGCACCAACCAGCUAAAUGGCCCUGGGGCUAUUAGGAACUCAACAUACACACUUCCCUGGUGUGACCUCAACACCUGCCGAUCUAUCUGCUUAUUCCAUCCGUAGAGCCGCCAAAUUGCCUUUCGGCGACCAGCCCCUAAGCUGCCUCCAUCGUCACAUGCGAAUGCUCUGUUUUACCAACUCAAACUGGACACUUGCCUUGCCACAGGCUCAGUCCUGAGAUAGCCGUCCCCUCAUCCAUGCCAGUCCCUGACUCAACCCAGGAUGCGCUCUGCGAACGUCUGUACUGAAACCGGGCGCUGGUGGGAGUUCGGACAACGGCCGAGCGAGAGGAAACCGGAAUGGCAGCAGCCCCACCUGCUCCCACUGCGGCAUGACCUUCCACAGCGCCGGAGAGAGGAUCGCCCACAAACGCUCCGCCGCCUGCCUGCGGGUCAGUGAGCGUCUUCGGGCCGUGUUGGCCGACGUCGCCGUCCGCUACUCCGACCAACUCCGGGAGGACUGCGCAGAGUCCGGCCACCCGGAGAGUCGCAGCGACUCCGACUCGGAGCUGGAGCUGCAGUUGACGCGGCUGGCGCUGCGACUGCAGCGUCAACUCGUCUCUGAUCCGAACGAUGACGCGGCGGGGAGAAAACGGUCCCACGACGAGGCCGAAGAAGGCGACUCCAGCGAGUUUGCUGGGGAGCAAGUGGCGGAGAGCGGCAGCGACAAAAGGCGAAGGCGGUCCUCUGGAGGCCUCGCCACUGUGCAAGAACGCGAGGCGACCGUGGGAGAGGAUCGGGGUCUAGGUGUAGGUUGUUGGGAAGAUUAUGGGGAGAUUUUAACACAUUUGACGACGGGAGACCGGACAACAAUGUUGAGCACGAAAAACACGGACGCAUGUGAAGGCGUCUACCAUCGAAUACCAUCGACGACUCGGAUGGUGUCUGGCGUUGGCAGCAGAAGAAUCGCCCGUGUCGAUGGUUCUCAGAUCCAGGAAGUCUUUCAACCCCGAAGUAGGCAAGCUUCGACCCCGCAUGGCCUGGUCGAUCUUGCUGGCAAUGUCCCGACGGACGAAGGUAUCGGUGUCGAGUGGAGACAUCAGAACCACCGUCCCCCGGUCUCGGCUGCUAUUACGGGGCUUCAGAGACUGCGGACAGCUGCGCCACAGGACUCCCGACCUAAGCGGAUGUCAGAAAGCCUUAUCCGUUCUACUCGCAGCUCUCGUGGCUCCAACACUGGGCUCUUCGAGAACGGUGGCCACUCUGAUCCCGGAUCCCCGGGACAUGAUGACAGGCUGGGGGCAGAAGGAGAAUACCAGAGUUCUGGGGACCGUAAAGAACAGCAGCUGGACGAAUGCCAUAGUCGUUUUGCAAGAGGUCAAGAGAAAAUGUGCUCUACUUCAAUGAAGGGCUGGUCAAACAUACCAAAGCCCGAUAAUUUAACUAACAGCAAUGCCUCCUCCGCCAUAUCUCACCUACCGGUGACGCCUGCAAGUGACCAGCGACCUCCCCCGGCGUCCCCUCACUACAGUCUGAUUUCCUCGGACUCCUUUCCUGAUGAAGAUGGGGAGCUUUCCCGGUCUAUGUCGCAAUGUUCACCGCGGUCGCUGUCUUGUUCUGCAUCGAUGCUGCCGAUGUCCUAUGUUGGGGAUGAGGCAAGAGGUCGUUGUAAAGAUGCCAAGACAGACGCCCAAAGUGCUGCUGAGGGAGAUCUGGCGGAAGACAUUGACGACGCAACGACAGUGACGUACUGUGGUGGCUGCAGCGGCGAGCGGGAAACAUCACGAGCUGUAGACGUUAAGGACGAAGUGUUAACGGCGUAUCGAGGAGGAUUUCAAGCAGGCGUUGCGGGAUUUGACGUUGACGAAGAGACGGCGACGACUGUUUUCGACAAAGACCGUGAAAUUACAUGGGGCGAGGCAGACGUCAGCGAUGGAGAUCACAUCGUCGCCACAACAUCCACGGAGUCGAGCUCGGAUAGCGCUGAUUCGCCCUUCGUCGUGUCGACCCCCUCUCCACACCAAUGGCCCGAUGAUGAAUCUGAGGAGGCUCUGACGCCAAACUCUGGCAGAUCUUCUAGAGCACAGCGACCUCGUUUGGGCACUGUCUCCUCCGACGCAUCGUCUGAUGAAGUCGCUCUAGUCGGGCCACCUCCCGUCUACUUCGGGAUGCUAACGCCGUCGUCGCUAGAGACAAGUGAGACGCCGACGCCUUCAGCAUUCACUACAGAUACCACUGAAAGUUCUGUGGACUCUUUAGUGGAAGACUCUGAUCUGGAGUGCUCUGAUCGGGAUCAGGAUAUAUGCGAAGGAGAAACAACUACGGAAAGUUCCUCAGAGCAAAGUGAUGAGAUCGUCGAGCCACCUUCCUUAUCUGAUCAUCUCCCGAGUUUCCAACAAAUGUAUCCUUGCUUUAAUCCGAACUUUUUGCAACUCCACCCAGUGCCAGUUCCUUUCCCGCCGUUUUUCCCUUAUCCCUCGUUCACUUUAGGCCACCCAGCGGCAAUGCCAGUCUGGAGACGGCCCUUCACAUACCACCCUCAGCACCAGCGUCAGCCCAACUACACAGCAACGGAUGAGGAUGCCGAGGUGGCAGCCCUUUUUGCCUCCGGCUCCCGUCAUACAGCAGAUGAUGCUGCCUCCUUGGACACUGUUCGACUGUCUGAUUCCUACGCCAACCAGAGCACCCGUCGUAGAUGCUCCGGAAAGUCCAACGACUCUGUGCUCAGUAUAGAAAUCCUGGAGUGUCGGGACUUCGAGGGAGGGCCAGGCCCAGGCAAACCGUACACGACAUCACUGUCUGGCCAGCCCAGGCGGACCGACAUUGAGGAGGGUGUAGGGUUUGUGACUGAAGAAGCUCUCCGGGACUCCCCUCGUGAGCAUGCAACGGAGGCGUCUCCGCGCGAUGAAGGAGUGGCUGUGAGGCAUUCCCAGGAACUCGGAGAAGAGGUGACUCAGACGUCAACCGUAGCGGCUCGGAACUUCUCCAGCGACUCUGGCGUGGAGAUCGUCGCGGUCUUCGAGCGCCGUUCACCGCGGGCCAGUGUUUCCCGAGUCUCUCCUCAGGCGACGGUGCUACAUCGACCUGAAGAGGUGACGCGGGGUGGCAGAACUGGCGCACUGCAGGCGGGGAUGACUCGUGAUCCCGGGGUGGUACCGUGUCAGGCGCUGCCGUCAGCGGAUCCCGGUCACAUACAGGAAUUGACCUCCCGGGAUGACGUGUCGCUGCACCAGCGACGACGCUCUGUGAUCACCUCCACGUCAGACUGGUCUAGGCGGUAAGGUCGUCAAGUCGGCGUUUAGCACAGAGCGGAGCUGAAAAAGACUAGCUCAGCGCUGUCGUUUCUGACAUCACCUCCAGCAACCGGCGUCCCUGACGCGACCGGUGGGAGGCCUCUGACAGACUGCUGGUAGACUGCUGGAGGACCCCGCCGGUGGACUGACGGAUACUGCUGGAGGACCCCGCCGGUGGACUGGCGGGUACUGCUGGGCUGGAGGACUCUACUGCUGAUGCCAGACUGUUCAGGCAUACCGUGCAUCUGACAGACUCUCAAGCACUCGUCUGGCGCGGCCUGGGACCCGAGCCGAACCGGGCGCCGUUGCCGGGUGGUCGCCAUCGGUCGGCUCUCGCCGCUGACUGAGGUCACUGAAGGAGACGAGUCCCAACUAGUCGCCCUCCGCCGCCAUCGGAUCUCCACUCCCGGGAGACGGGCCGCGCGGUGUUAUCCUCUGCUGGUGCCGCCCCUCGCCGAUUCCUGCGCGAAAUGCUAUCUUUGCUGGGACCACUGCAAUCACUGAUGUGUAAGAAGCGAUUAUUUUACUAUUUUUAUGCUGUGUCGCUUAUUUUUUACUUUGAUCACCGUGUACGUCUGCAUCGGACCUGGAUGAACCAUGCCAUUGUUUGUAAUACAUUACAUGCGUCACAUC